UCAUAGCUGUUUUAUCUGAAGGCUGUUCUCGGCUGUAAUAGCUGUUUUAACUGAAGAAUGGGAGAGGAACAGAAGAUUCAGAUUACUGCCCUUGGGUUUUUCCCAUACAAGGGGAUCAACCUGGUCAGAGGGGUGCAUCAAGUCCAACACCUUGAUUCUCUGGAGACAUUUGAAAUAAGGGAUGAUGACAUCGUUGUUGUUACUUACCCACGGUCAGGAACUACAUGGACACAGUAUAUUUUGUCCCUAUUGUAUCAUGAAGAUCAAAUGACAGAGGGAAGUAACAUACCAAUCCAGGAACUGGUGCCCUUCCUGGAGAUAAACUCAAGACAAAUAGACUACAACAACAAACCAUCAACAAGAACAUUCGUGUCUCACUUGUCCUCAAUCCCUCACGGACUGAGAGAGAAGGGAAAGGUUGGGGACUGGAAGACUAUGUUCACUGUGGCCCAGAGUGAGCGAUUUGACCAGGUCUACAUGGAGAAGAUGAAAGACGUGCCUCUUGAAUUUGACUGGAAGCUGUGAAAAUAGCCAUGUCCUGGUUACAUGAUGAAGACCUUCAUCAACUGGGCUGAAGAUGUCAGCAAAUUGACCCAGAUCAACACCAACAAAAACUUUUGUUGUUGAUCUGUAAUUGUCAAAUUGUGCUUCAGUUGUGCAAAUCACUCCAAAUAUGUCACAAAAACAUGUUUGAAUCUAGGCUGAAUAGAUUGGCGGAAAUAGCUGCCCUGCUGCAAUGAUUGUGAAAAUAAACACAUGCAAUAAUUACUAAAUGUUAUUAAGAUGCGCACAUAAUUCAUAUAUUUUAUAAACUGUUAAUAAAAAAUAA